UGUAAUUCGGGUCCUAUUAAAACUCCUCGUGUUCCGCUCUCUGAAGCACUCAUCAAACAUUCUGAUUGUUUCUAAUUUUAGCCUCCUCCUUCACACGUUAUAAUCUCUCUCCAAAUUCUGUGAAACUUUUCUGGAUAAUCUCCCUUUUUUAGGUGAUUAUCCACUUGGACAUGUUAUGGAAGUUACUGGGGGCUAAAACCUGCCAAGAAUAUAGCAUUGACUGGUACUUGGGCAAUGUGUGGUGCAAGAAAGAAGUUAAGGAGCAGCUACUUUGGGAACAGAACUUUUGUUAUGGAAUUUGAACCCUGGAGAAGACACAGAAAAUUUCCUGCGUAUACUGCUUGUGUUGUGCGUUCUGCGACAUAUUUUAUGCCUUGGUCUUGUAAAAUUCCUAUAGGUGACGGAUAUCAUGAAUUCCUUUAAUCAAAAGUCUGCUGUUAAAAAAAGAAUACGCAUUGUUGGGAGAUACUUAACCGAUCAUAGGGGAUAUAGCCUGCAUCUCGUUUGACAUACAUAGCUUCUCAAUCUACAAGAUGCCGGCUUUUGUGAGUGAAAAGAAGAGGUUCAAAGAUCCAAAUAUGGGCCUAUCCAAUUCGGUCAAGCAAGAUACACCAAUUCGUGAAAAAAGCUAUCGCAGUUUGACUUCUCUGGUUGUAGAUGAUUUUGACAGCCCCAUUCUGCCUGGACUGCCAGAUGACAUAGCAAAAUAUUGCCUUGCGCUUGUUCCUCGUUCAGACUUCCCUGCAAUGGGUGGUGUGUGUAAGAAAUGGAGGUAUUUUCUUCAAAGCAAAGAACUCAUCACUGUGCGGCGAUUAGCUGGGUUGCUUGAGGAGUGGCUCUAUGUGUUGACAACCGAUUCCGAAGGAAAGGAAAACCACUGGGAGGUUUUAGAUUGCCAUGGACAUAAGCACCAUGUUCUUCCUCCCAUGCCUGGUCCAAUGAGAUCUGGGUUUGGGGUGGUGGUUCUCAAUGGAAAGCUUCUUGUCGUUGGUGGAUAUUCUGUGAUCACCGAGACCACCGUUGCAUCAGACGAUGUUUACCAAUAUGAUUCUUGCCUCAACAGGUGGGGCAAAUUGGCAAACAUGAAUGUUGCUCGAUAUGACUUUGCUUGUGCAGAACUAAGUGGUAUGAUUUACGCAGUUGGAGGAUAUGGUAUAGAUGGCAGCAGUCUAUCCAGUGCCGAGGUGUACAAUCCUGACACCGAUACUUGGACCCUGAUAAGCAGUAUUCGCCGCCCCCGCUAUGGCUGCUUUGCCUGUGGAUUUGAAGGAAAGCUGUAUGUUAUGGGCGGAAGGUCAAGCUUCACCAUUGGUAAUUCGAAGUUUGUUGAUGUCUAUGACCCUGAGAGUCACACCUGGUGCGAGAUGAAGAAGAAUGGUUGUGUCAUGGUCACUGCUCAUGCUGUGCUGGAAAAGAAGCUGUUCUGUUCGGAGUGGAAGAACCAGCGCAAACUUUCAAUUUACAAUCCCUACGACAAUUCUUGGGAGAUGGUACAGAUUCCGUUGACAGGAAGCACAAGCAUUAAGUUCCGAUUUGGGACACUGGACGAGAAACUUUUGUUGUUCUCGCUCGAGGAGGAGCCUGGUUAUCGUACUUUGUUGUACGAUCCAAAUGCAGCACCAGGAUCAGAGUGGCAGACUUCUGAGGUAAAGAUGUCCGGUCCGUGCUUGUGCUGUGUUACAAUCAAGGUGUGAAACUGUAAGGUGUGCCCGAAAGGCGAAGGUUAGAGGACGUUCGUAAAACUCUAAAAAUCAGUUGGUGAACUUCUUGUAUUGACUGGAUUUUAGGACACUCUAGUGCAACUGUAUUUGUUUGUUCCGUUGCCCCGAUUAGGACGCUAGAAAUCAGCUUCGUGCAUUGCUCGGAGUUGAGUCUACUUGUAUUAACCUCAUUGCAUUCGAUUAUAUUCGUGUCGGAUCACUCUGUGACUUCUCUCUUUAUCUUCUUGAGAUUUUCA